AUGGACCUUGUUCAUGGUAUUGUACAUCUACCGUCAUUGUUUCAACUGAGUUUUUUGCAGCCGUUCGUGGACGACGACCACCCGCUUCAGAGCCUUUUCCCCCCUCGCGUCUGGGCAAUCCGAAUCCCGGUCAUCCUCACUCUUCUUGGGUCGGCUGUUGUAGGGACGUUCCUUGCCAUGGUGAUGAUCAGAAGCAAUAGAAAGAAGGCGGCAAAGGCUAGAGCCGCUGCGGCCAAGAAGUCAAAAUGA